GAAUGAAAGAGGAAAGUUGAGAACGUCCCAGCCUCCCAGCGGCCGCGCGGGGAGCCUCCCUGUCACAGCCGCCGCCGCCGUGGACCGCGGAGCCCCCAGUCCCGCCGAGCGGAGGUCGCGGCGCCCAGCCAUGGCCCUCUGGCUGCCGCCGCUGCUGCUCCCGCUGCUUUUGGCCGCCGCCGAGCCGCCGAGCCCGGAAGGAGUCUCCUAUGCAACUGCCUACUGGAUGGAUGCCGAGAAGAAAAUACAAGUCAGAAAUGUACUGGACAAGAAUGGGGAUGCCUAUGGCUUUUACAAUAACUCUGUGAAAACCACAGGCUGGGGCAUCCUGGAAAUCAGAGCUGGGUAUGGCUCUCAGGCCCUGAGCAAUGAGAUCAUCAUGUUUGUGGCUGGCUUUUUGGAGGGUUACCUCACUGCUCCGCACAUGUAUGAUCACUUUACAAACCUCUACCCACAGCUGAUCAAGAAAGAAUCCAUCAUGGAUAAAGUGCAGGAUUUCAUGGAGAAACAAAAUCAAUGGACCCGGAAAAACAUCAAAGAAAAUAAGGAUGACCCAUUUUGGAGACACACAGGCUAUGUGAUGGCGCAGUUGGAUGGCCUAUAUUUAGGAGCAAUGAAGAGAGCCGAGGCAGAAGGGAUAAAGCCCAUGACCAUGUUCCAGGUUCAGUUCCUGAAUUCUGUUGGAGAUCUACUGGAUCUUAUUCCCUCGCUUUCUCCCACAAAAAACACUAGCCUGAAGUUUGUUAAAAGAUGGGACAUGGGACACUGCUCUGCUCUUAUUAAGGUUCUUCCUGGAUUUGAGAACGUCUUUUUUGCUCACUCAAGCUGGUACACGUAUGCAGCCAUGCUCAGGAUAUACAAACACUGGGACUUCAACAUCAAAGAUGAAGACACCAGCAGUAGUCGCCUCUCUUUCAGCAGUUACCCAGGGUUUUUGGAGUCUCUGGAUGACUUUUACAUUCUUAGCAGUGGUUUGAUAUUGCUACAGACCACAAACAGUGUAUACAAUAAAACUCUACUAAAGGAAGUGAUGCCUGAGAGUCUGCUAGCCUGGCAAAGAGUCCGUGUGGCCAAUAUGAUGGCAGAUGGUGGCAAGAGGUGGGCAGAGAUCUUUUCAAAAUAUAACUCUGGCACCUAUAAUAAUCAAUACAUGGUCCUAGACCUGAAGAAGGUAAAGCUGAACCAGAGCCUUGACAAAGGCACUUUGUACAUUGUGGAGCAAAUUCCUACAUAUGUAGAAUAUUCUGAACAAACUGAUGUUCUACGAAAAGGAUACUGGCCCUCCUACAACAUUCCUUUCCAUGAAAAAGUUUAUAACUGGAGUGGUUACCCACUGUUAGUUCAGAAGCUCGGUUUGGACUACUCCUAUGAUUUAGCUCCACGAGCCAAAAUCUUCCGACGUGACCAAGGGAAAGUGACUGAUAUGGCAUCCAUGAAAUAUAUCAUGCGAUACAACAAUUAUCAGAAGGAUCCUUACAGCCAGGGUGACCCCUGCAGAACCAUAUGUUGCCGUGAGGACCUCAACUCACCUACCCCAACUCCCGGUGGCUGCUAUGACACGAAGGUAUCAGAUAUCUACUUAGCAUCCCGGUACACAGCUUAUGCCAUUAGUGGUCCCACAGUACAAGGUGGCCUCCCUGUUUUUCAUUGGAACAGAUUCAACAAAACCCUCCAUCAAGGCAUGCCAGAGGCCUACAACUUUGAUUUUAUUACAACAAAACCAAUUUUGGAACUUGACAAAAGAUGAGGGAGGAUGAAGAUGAGGGAACAUAAGGAAAUAGAAGGCCGCAAGUAAGAUACCAGAAGCACUAUUUUACUAUGUUUUUCCUGUUAUAAUCACUCAAUAAAAUACAUUAAAUUUAGUUUGUCACUGUAAUUUUCC